UUUUCGGUUUCCCGCUUUCAGAAUUUCAAAUCACUGACUGGAGAGCUUACAAAGUUUGUGUUGAUUACUUUUGUAAACAAAAUGGAUUGGGUACAUUUCAAGUGAACUAAAAUUCGACACUUUGGUGAAUAGUAAAAUUUGGUGCUUACGAAGCGGAGGAAAAAAAUGAAGCGGCUCUCUCAUCUAUGAACUUGUGAUGGUGCAUUUCAGAGGCAUGCCUCGCGUUCGGGACGUCCUGGGUCGGAGUGUGGACUGGACGCGCUCUCAGAUGGACCGAGGGUCGAAGCGCCUGUGGGACCUGAUGACGUCCAAGGCUUCGGUCAAGGAGACGCAGGGCGCCCCUGGCGGGAAACGUUGGCAACUGAACGCACUUCCUCCCAAAGCAAGCCCCCCGCCCUCACCCUUACUGCCCUCGGAGAUCAAGUACUCGGCCUCCCUUGUGAGGGGCCAGGCGGUGGUGCACGCCGUCCUGGGGCUGCUGCUCUUUGUUUUCGGCGUCAUCGGGUCUCACCGGUGGGCGGCGCUAACCUGUGUGCCGAGCUUGGUGUGCGGGAUGACGGGUGUGUGGGCGGGUGUGUGUGGCGGACUAGCCCACAAAAUUUGGUACAAGAAUUGGGCCAUCAAAAGUUUCUUUGUAUCGUCGAGUGCCGUGGUUGUGCUCUCGGUGCUCGCACUUGCGCUCACUUUCUACCUUGCGCUCACAGCGUCGCCAGCGUACGACGAGGACCGCUUCGUGUACGAAGACGUCGCGCUCGAUCGCGUCGUCGCCAGCGACAGCGGCCGAGAGCAAACAGAAGAAAUCGUCGGUGCGACGUUUUUUGAGGUCCAUAAGACGCCUCCCAGCCAAAGCCUCAUAGGCAACAUAGUUGUGGGUCUCCUACUUCAGCUCCUGAUGGGGUUGUGGUCGCUGGUGACGUCAUGGCGAGGUGUUCAGGCCCAAGAGUUCACCACCGCGCGCAGGGAAGAGCUCCUCCAGCAGGAGCUUGCCGCCCAGGCCUCCCUUAAUAAAAAGGAUCGGGACGCUGAAGGUGGAGUCCCUUGCACGGUGCCCCUAGCUGCCAUCUACCAACUGCUGCAGUCGCACCCCGAGCUGCUACAGAGCACAGCAGAGCGUCCUUCGUCGCGCCACUCCAUGGACUACCGCGAGCGGGUCUCCAGGUAUCUCUCCAAGACGUGCGAGGCAGACCCCAUAUCGAUCAGGAACGCAUCCCCUUCUCUCUGCGAGUCGAGCGGAACAUUAGGAAGCACCAAGCCGUCCCCUAUGGAGAUCGCAACACGUAACGAAAUGGCGGCUUCUGGAAAAACAGACGCAAAUAAAAAGGAGCUUUCCGAUGAAAAAUCCCCUUCGGUGCCCACUAUAAGUGGGAAUGACCCUGCCACCAUGAGCAGCUCGUCGAAUUCACCGUCACAGUCUUCGUCUCCCAUCGAUGCACCAAAGUCAAACGAAAUUGAUUCCGACUCUUCUUCAUCAUCGCUAUCCAGGAAGGGUUCGGUGUCAUCCAAAGGAAACAGGCGAACAUCGAUGAAAUCGGUCGAAUUCAAAGAACCGCUUUCUCUGGUUCUCGGUGCUAAGACUUUUUCCCCUCUUUCUGCCCACAUUAUUGACCCAUCAGAACUGGCUUGGAUAAGAAGCCGCCAACGAAACACGAGAUCUUUUAGCGAAGUAAAUUUUCCUUCUUCAUUACAGAGGGAUUUGGAAUAUCAUGCAAAGUUUGGACAACCGGGGAACAAACCCCCUACAGCAUCAAAGAAAGAUUUUUUCAAACCAAAAUUAAUUUUUAAGAAUGAUCUUCGCAAUCUUCUCAAAAGGCCUGGAAAACAGAGGAGAGGCAGUUUAUGCCCAUCACAAUGCUACGACGAAGCGGAGGAACGCAACGCAUGGGAAGAAGGCAUGGCUAGUUUUAAAAUUAGACUUGAUGGAGAAGUAAAUAAAGACCCGACAACAAAAAUUAUUACUACACCUGAGCCAGUCAGGAGUUGUCUCGUCAGUCCGUCCCGGCGCAGGAAAAGGAAAGAUAGGAAGCCACCCCCAAUUCCAGUAAUAACUGAAAACGGGGCAACAUCGCCUGCUGAAAAUGAUAGUUGUGAAAAGGAGGUGAAAAGUGUGGAACUGAAAAAAUCCUCAUUGACCAAAAACGAAGAGUUGUUCAAACUACCGACUGCAGAUCCGGAGAUUCCUACUCCACCCAAAACCUCCAGAAAUCCAAAAAAGCGCUCUACAAAAUUUAGGGUGACAGCUGCAAAAAUUGAUGAAAAACCGACUCGCUCUGAGCCAGAUGAUGACUCCAUCACCACGACUCCAUCAUUACGUGAUGACGCGAGCAUUGCGACCGACAUGGCCACCGGAAUUGAUGUUCCGUCUACUGACAGUGGCGUUUCUAGCAUCGAUGGAAGUGUAGCUAAUGUUAGCGCUAACGAUUUAAGUCCUUCUGUAAGUAACAUCGAAACUCGUGAUGUAUUUGCAUCUGAUUCAAGUUCUACGAAGGCUCCGUCGGACAUUCACUCACAAAUCGACAAAAAACUUUCUGAAGGAGAGUCAAGUGCUGCAAUAGUUGCUCGUCUAUCCACGCAAUCCGUCCCGGCAGACGAAACUAAUAAAGACGAAUUUAAGAGUUCGGUUACAAAUAUUCCCACUGAAAAUGUAUGUGCUAAGACAGAAGCAGUUUUCAAAAUUAUUACCAUUGUUGAAAACGAAAAUCUCCCAGCUAUAGAAACAAGUGCUACAAACCCUGCAUGUCCCAGUGAAGUUUCUUCAGAUGACGACGUAGCUGUACCGAUAGAGAUGCUUAAAGUGAACUCUGAGAGCAUUAGCAGAGAAGUUUUACCCUUGAAGAAAAAAGAAAGUUAUCGUGGACAAAUUUCAGAUUCUCCAGAUGAAAGUUCGAAACCGAUAAAACAUGAAAUCGAUUCUGGGCACUGUAAAGUUCUGCCAAAUGUAAACGAUGACAAAAAAAGAAACGAAGAAACUUCUUCGAUUACAAGAGAGGUCCCGUUCGUGAAAAGCGUAAUCCUCAAGAAUAAAGACACAACUAUUGAGAACGAUGCUCCAUCCGCAAAGAAUGAUCGAGUAUUGACCAGAGAAACCGUAUUGGCUGAAGAAGACCCAAUUUCAACUCUUAAUAUUGCUAAGCCUGCACAGGUUGAAUUAAGUGCAAAAAAAUCUUCCUCUCCUGUCCCCGCGAAGCAGUCAAGAGACGUCAAAAUUUCUUUCCGGAGCCUCAAAGAUGAAACCUCAAUACCAACAUCUUUUGGUUCAAUCAAGUGCAACAAAUCUUUUGAGAAGAUUCUAGGCGCUAUUUUAAGCCGAACCCAGAACAGCGAAGCUUCGAAACCUGAAUCGCCCAGUGAAGAAAAGAAACUUUCAGAAUCGAAACAUGAAGCGAUGGCACAAGCUUCAGUCACUAAGAGCCAAAUAACAGGACCAGUGGAUGUAGAAAUAGUCGAGUUAAAUGAAAAAAGUGCUGAUGUCAAGGAGGUUCCCCCUAAGGCUCUUUCUAUCGAGAUAAGGCCUUACAAAUGCACUAGUAUCAGAGACGAAAUAAACGCGGCCAAAAAAAUGGGUGUCAUUAAAGCCACCGCCGUCUUGUUGAUGGCAUCGCUAGCCUAUGCCUAUCCGCAUUUUCCCGGACACCCUAGAUUCUACGACGAGGGCCUUCAAUCUAAUCAACCUACUGUCAACGUUUUCAAGAUUUAUGCUCCAAGAGUCUUCUACAUGCCAGGAUACAAGCCACAAGUUGGCAGGAGUGAAUCCAACUUCCUUGAGAACAACAAGCAGAUGAUCAAUGAGCCAACAGAAACAAUCCUCGAUGGUCUCAUUCGCACAGAAAUGUUCCCGGAAUCUCUGUUUGGUGACGACUCGGAUAUGAUGCAGUACAACGAGGAGUUUGUGCCGGAGCCAAGCAGUGUUGUAAGCCGUAAACUUCCGCUCUACAGCUCGUUCAGAGGCCCCUCUAUGAUGACUGAGAUGGAGCCGUCCAUGAAAAUGAAUGAUUAUUACUCUGCCAGAGCAAAUGGGCGACAGAAUUUCCAGGACGAGUCUGUUCAAUUUUUUCCAGAUAAUUUGGAUAUGCACGAUGAAAAUUGCAACCACAUGCACCAUUUCCUGAGCACAGACGGUGGUUAUCCGAUUUCAGGACUGUACCCUGAUUUCGCGACUAUCCAAAUUUUGGACCCUCUCUUUUUAAACGAAAUCGCUCCUAAAUCGAAGCCAAUGCGAAGCAUGGAGAAUGCUCCUCUGUCUGUUGGGAAUGAUAAAUUGUUCCAUGCAAACCCAAUUGGACCUUUAAGCAGUUUUUUCAAGAACCUAAUCUCAAGCACUGAUAAUGGAAACGAUGAAAUUGAGGCGCAACUGGUUACCACAGUCUCAUUCGGUGCUCCAGAAAUCGUCAAACGCAAUGAGGUCACGCCAGCGAACGCGCCGGCCAAAGCGGAUCCGAAGGAGUCCAGAAGCGACGGAGAAAUCGACUUCAUUAUCACUGAAAAACUUGAGCCUACAGCCGAAGUUGAAAAAGAUGGAGACGGAGAAGAUAAUGACGAUGAAAGUUCAGUGGAAGAAAUCGAGAGAAACUUCAUCAAAACUGUCCUGCCAGACAGAACUUUCGUCACCACAGAAGUGACCAACGAAAAGAAAGUUGACGAUAGCAACAACAGAAGCGCUGAAGAUAAGGAUGAUGCCGUUCCUAUGAAGGAAGUGGAAGUUAACAUCGUCAAAACCAUUCUUCCGGACGAUUCUUACCUGGUUAGUGAGGCUGGAGGUGAAAACGAAAAAUUCCAAGACGACGUCAUUAGCAUGAUCCAGAACUCAGAUGUUACUGCGACUGACAGAUCGACGGGAUCGGUCUUCAUCAGCCGUUAUCUUGAAGCACCUUCUGCUCCAUAAUUCGUUUCAUGCAGUUUAAUAUUUAGUUUGUUGUUAUCAGGUUGUGAUUGCUGCAAUAGAUGCCUUUUUAUGUUAAAGACAAAAAAAAUGUUAGAGAAAUUUUUCCGAGACAGCUUUUGUUUUAUCCGUGUAUAUCCAUCCUGUGCACUGUACAGCGUUCAUACCUCUUUUACCAUGUGUAACUUAGUUCAGUGCCUCCAACGAGUAAAAUGCUGUAUAUCAAUAUAGCUGGAUUUUUUUCAUGCAGUUAAUUUCAUUUAUUUCAUUGGUGGUCUUCUGUGAUAAAGUAUCUUUAAAAUCUGUAACAAAAGUUUCAAAAGUUGACUUGAGUUUUAAGUAAAUUAUGCUAAGUUA